AUGGCUACGAUGCUGAAGAGCGGAAUUCUUCCUCUGGAAGCUAUUUUCAGAAGAAGUGGAGGCAAGCUUUUGGGUGCUGCAACAUCACUGCCGAACCUACGUCAACCUCAAAGAAACCUAAACUUACAUGAGCACAUGAGCUACACCUUCCUCAAUGAAGCUGGAAUUGAAACACCUAAAUUUGGCGUUGCUAAAACCAAAAGCGAAGCCCUAGAUAUUGCCAAUAAACUAGGAACAAAGGACCUUGUAGUAAAGGCUCAAGUUUUAGCAGGAGGCAGAGGUAAAGGAACCUUCAAAAAUGGUUUCAAGGGUGGCGUCCGAAUGGCGUUCAGCCCUGAAGAAGCUGCUGAUUUGUCAGAAAAAAUGCUGAAUCAAACGCUAGUUACGAAGCAGACUGGUGAGAAGGGUCGUAUUUGCAAUGCAGUUAUGGUUGCGGAGCGCAGCUACCCUAGGAAGGAGUAUUAUUUCUCCAUCAUGAUGGAAAGAGCAUUCAAUGGCCCAGUUGUUAUUGCCUCUAGUCAAGGUGGUGUCAAUAUUGAGGAUGUAGCUGCUGAGAACCCUGAUGCCAUUCUUUAUGAGCCAAUUGAUGUCAUGGCAGGUUUGACUCGUGAGCAAGCGCUGAAAGUUGCUGAUAAAGUUGGCUUGAAGGACCAGCGAGACAAUACUGCUGAAAUGCUUCUUAAGCUAUAUGAUCUCUUUCUCAAGAAGGAUGCCUUAUUAGUGGAGUUGAAUCCAUAUGCUGAGAAUGCUGAUGGAAGAUACUUGACACUUGAUGCUAAAAUGAACUUUGAUGAUAAUGCGGACUUUAGACAGAAGGAGUUGUUUGCAAAGAGAGAUUUAACCCAACAAGAUGAAAAAGAAGUUGAGGCAUUGAAGUACAACCUUAAUUAUAUUGCUCUUGAUGGAAGCAUUGGAUGCUUGGUGAAUGGUGCGGGUCUUGCAAUGGCCACUAUGGACAUUAUUAAGCUUCAUGGAGGUAACCCAGCUAACUUCCUUGAUGUGGGAGGUGGUGCCACAGCUAACCAGGUCAAAGAGGCCUUUAAGAUUAUUACUUCAGACCCCAAGGUCCACACAAUUCUUGUCAACAUUUUUGGCGGAAUAAUGCGAUGCGACGUCAUUGCGGAAGGUAUCAUUGCAGCGUGCAAGGAACUGAACCUUACUGUGCCAAUUGUCUGCCGAUUACAGGGAACAGAGGUGGAUACCGCAAAGGUUCUUAUUGCUUCAGCGGGAUUGAAAAUCCUUCCCACUGAUGACCUUGAUGAAGCUGCACGGUUGGCUGUCAAGCUUUCAAAUAUUGUUGGAAUGGCACGUUCUGCAAACCUCAAUAUCAACUUUGAGAUUCCGAUUUGAACAGGGCUGCGAGAUAUCAUCAAGCAUUCUUAUCAUGGCUGCUUGUAUCACACACUGCUCUUCUAAUUAAGUGAUUCAAUGCACAGAGACAUUUUUUCUCAGUUUGUUUUUUGUAAUGGAUUCCAGGAGAAAAACAACUCUAAUUUAUUGUGUACAGAGUGUCCUUUAUGAGAAGAAAAGUUACCCUAAAGCACGGGACAACUUGUUCUCCAUGCUUUGUCAGCACUUUCAUUUUACUUCCUCUUUUAUUAUUAUGAUGUGAAUUGUCUGGUCAAUCAUCACUUAGUGUUGUUUAAGAUGCUUUUAGACCUGUUCUUAUAUUUUAUGGUUAUACUGUACAUUUUUCCUGUAAAUAUGGCUUAUUUCUCCCUGUUAUCUAUGUAGCUUUCAUGCUUUAAUAGUCCCUUAUGCUAAAGAGGCCUCGCUACUUGUCAUUGCUGCUAAUUGUAAUUUUUAAAAUCAUGUCAUGACAUUUAUGCAUUUUGUGAUGAUGGGUUUAUAAGUGUUUGUUAAAUGGCACGCUUUUAAUUUGAUAUUUUCUGCUCCCACUGCCAUUUUAGAAGAAUAAGCUGCUUCUGUCAUUAGAUCAAAAUUCCAUCUUGUCUCCCCUUUGCAACCCGGAAAUUUAUCCAUCAAAUGUGUUUUGCAUUGGUAUAUUUUACCUUUUAAAUUUUAUUUGUUGUUACAUUUAUAAGAAUUUAAGACAUGAACUUGUCUGGUAAGGGUAUUGAUAGAUACCUUCCACAGUUCUGUUUUUCACUGAGGCUUUAUCAGAAAUACUGUUUCCAAUGUUAAGACUGUUUGGUUGAGCAAUCUGGCUCUUAAAUAUAAUUCGGGUUUUAAUAUGGCUAUGGUUGUGAAGCGCUAAGUUCCAUUUCUUGGUGAAGCAACGAACACUUAUUUUAUCAAAUUGUUGAUUAAGCCAGUUCACAUUUCCCCAGUAUUUUCCCUUACCAUGAAUCGAUUCCAAAGAUUUGAUUUGUACAGAGUUGUAUAUGUGGGUGUGAAUAUGUACAUUUUGUGAAGUAUUGUUCUAUCCAUGAGAUGUGCAAUAAUACUCAUUUAUUUAUAUUAGCUAAUUCAGAAUGAUGUUUAUUGUGUAAGUGGACAACCCACCCACAACUUUUGAAGUGCACUACUAGCUCGUAACUUACUAUACUCCAUCUACUUGAAUUCAUGUGAUUUCGUGUGUUGGACACAAUUGUUGCUAUCAGUAAUAAAGAUCAAUUCAUGGUA